AUGUCGACGAUCACAGAGAUCACCAGUCUUGCAGACUGGGAGAAGCAUAUCGCCUCCACACCGCCGUCGACCCUCCACAUCAUCUCCUUCCACGCCCCAUGGGCCGCCCCUUGCGCGCAGAUGGCCACUGUGCUCUCGACGCUCGCUUCAGAAUACCCCGUCACCAACCCCCCAGAGACUUCUUGGGUUUCCAUAAACGCCGAAGAGCUCAGCGAAGUCAGCGAGACCUAUAACGUCACUGCCGUACCCUUCCUUGUUCUCCUGCGGAACGGACAGGUUCUCGAGACGGUCAGCGGUAGCAGUGCCGUCAAGGUGCGCAAUGCGAUUGAGACACACGCGAAGAAGCCUGCCGGCGCCGGCGCCACCACCGUGAACGGAAACCCGGGCGUCGAGAAUGGCCCCAGCGCCACCAUGGAUGUCGAUGAGGCCGUAGACCCGGCCAAGGCCAAGGAGGAGCUAUUCAAGAGACUAGCAGACCUCGUCAAGGCCGCGCCUGUGAUGCUCUUCAUGAAGGGAACGCCAAGCUCGCCCCAAUGUGGCUUCUCGAGACAACUUGUCGCCAUCUUGAGAGAACACUCUGUAAAGUAUGGUUUCUUCAACAUUCUUGCAGACGACGAGGUGCGACAGGGACUGAAGGAGUUUGCGGACUGGCCUACCUACCCUCAGCUCUGGGUCGACGGCGAGUUGGUUGGUGGCUUGGAUAUUGUAGUCAAGGAGGAAAUUGCCAACAGCCCCGACUUCUUGGGCCCUUACAGCAUCAAGGCCACCGAGACCGCCGCUACCUCGUAG